CGCCGAAUAACGCCGUCCGGCCGGCAGACUCAGUGUUUUUGUAGCUGGUACAGCUGCUGCUGCUGCUGCUGCUGCUUGCUUCGAGGAAUCGACCUAUACGGACAUAUCAUGGCGUCCUCGAACAUUGACGCACUGCCAUACUUUGACAAGCAGUUAGAGGCACCAGGUGCAAAGAGCUCUGCUCAGGCUUUGAUUGAAGCAGAGCUUCGGAACACACCACAAAUCUCGCUUGAUGAUCCCAGGUUACCGGCGGAAGUAAAGAUCUUCGCGAAAUCUGAAUCCCUGUCCGAAUUACUGGAUGGAUAUGCGACGAACCCCAUAAGGGGAAUCGAUACGUCAAAGUACGGUGUUCCGCAAGUCACAGAGGGGUCUAGUAUAGAUGAGCUCGUAGAGGCGGAGCGGAGAGGAAGGAUAGGAGAGGGGCAUAUGGCUGUUAGGAUUGAGAAUGCCGAUCUUCUCUCCACCUACGGUCCGAACGCAUGGUUGAUUCGCAACUAUCAACUCAACUCUCAACUGACUGAACUCCAAUCAACCCUCGAGGCGCUCAAGGAGAAAGUGACGGAAGUAAACAGGAGUAGAAGAGUCUUCCAAGAGGAUACAGGAACGCACCUCACUCGUCUGGAGGGUCGGUGGCAGGACUUGGUGGGAAGCACGGUCCAACUGGAAGUGGCUUGUAAAGCUAUGGAGGGGCAAGUCAAGACUUUGAGGCGGAAAGAGGAGGAUCUGAAGAAGGAAGUUCAACAGUUGGAAGAUAUAGAGAAGUUAUGAAGAGGGAGGGGCAACAGAAGAAAGAGAUUGCUCUCCCCUAGACUCGCGUUGACGACACGG